CACGAGGAUCGGCGUUCCGCGACGUCCCCGUCGCCAGUCUUUCGCCGCGCGGCGACAGCGUAUGUUGUGCGGGUGUUUUUUUUUUGUUUCACGCGUCCGCGUUGUUGACGUGUCGCAACGUCGUGCGCUCUUGCGAGUGCCGCGAGUGCCUGUGGCCGCGCGUCACGAGAUCGUUCGUGCUCGCGUGACCGGAACGAGAGAGCUCCGAUCCGGAUCACACCGCGGUGCCGUCGUUUUAUCGAGGAUCAUCGAGGAUUAUUUUUCGAUCUCUCUCUCUCUCUCUCCCUUUCUUCUCUUCUCCACCGCUCGAACGGAUGAUCCACGGAUGAUCCACGGAUGAUCCAACAUGGCGUCGACCGAUCUGUCGUUCGGCUCUAUACCGGCGUUCUACAGAGAAGUCUAUGAGAAGGUCUGCUCGCCCACCAGCGGAAACGUGAAGCUCGAGGUGUUCAGGUCCCUGCUCGUCAAGUCGCAGCUAAGCGGUGCCAUCGUCAAUCAGAUAUGGAAGCUGGUAGACAGCAAGACAGGUUAUCUCACGAGAAGCGGCCUGUACAAAGGCCUCGCUCUCGUCGCCUUCGCUCAACAGGGAAAGCAACCGAGCGACAAGCUUCUGGAAAACUCCGAAUCCCAAGAAUUACCCGUCCCCGCGCUGGGAGAUCUGUCGGAAGUGACGCUCCUCGCGCAGAGGCUGCACCGGGGCAAUCCCGCAAAGCUGAAUCACACGUACUCGGACAUCUGUAAUCUGGACACCAUCGAGGUCAAUCUCGUUCCCGAGAAGAAGGGCAUCUUCCUGAAGCACGUGGAGUAUCAGGUCGCCAGCAAGAGGUUCAAUUCCGUGGUCUACAGGCGUUACAAUGACUUCGUGUCGUUGUACGAUCUCCUCCUGGCCCGGUUUCCCUACAGAUUGAUCCCCAAGUUACCGCCGAAGAAAAUUGUAGGAGCGGACUCGCAAUUUCUCGAGGAGAGGCGGCGCUCUCUCCUGCGGUUCCUCACGCUGAUCGCCCGCCACCCGGUGGUGAGCGAGGACCCGAUCGUGCAGUUCUUCUUCACGUACACCGGCGACGAGACGCAGCACAAGAUCCGCGAGGUGUUCAGGCGCGUGCCGGACGAGUUCGCCACGUCCGAGCUGUCGUCGCGGGCGAAGGAGCUGAUGCCGCCCGAGACGCUGACCGAGUUCGCGAACAGCCGCGACCAGAUACGCGUGAUACUCCUCGGGAUCUCCCGGCUGAAGCACAUCGCCGACAGCCUGGCGAUCAGGUCGCACAAUUACGCGGUGGACAUGGCCGAGCUCGGCAAUCAGCUGAGCACCUUGGCCGCGGAGCAGCACAGCACCGGCAUCUGGGUCACCGGCAGCUCCAGCCUCUGGCAGGACAUGAAGAAGGGCUUUCACGUAAUCUCGAAGGAAUUCAACCUGCUGUCGACGAGAGCGCUCCAGCAAGCGGUCAGAGAGGAGACCAUGGUCUGCGAGAGGCUUAAUCUCCUGCUCGACAUCUUGGUCGCGCACAGGAUGCUGUGCGAGAGACACGAGCGGGGCGUCAGCGCCGAUCAUCAACGCGCCCUGUCCACGAUGCUGUCCCUCAAGAAGCGGCAGAUGCAAGGCGUCAUUCGCGGUACCGACGCCGACACCGUCGAGUACCUCGAGAACAAGAUGGUCUCCCAGGAAUCCGUGAUCGCCAACGUCGAGCUGCGGAACUGCUUCUCGCUGCUGUGCCUGCACAUGGAGACCCAGCUCGUGCACGCGCACCUCGAGAUCCUCGCCACCGUGCUGCAGAGCCUCGUGAGCGUGCAGAUCCGCGGGCAUUCCGAGUUGGCGGAAGUGUGGAAGCUAAUCGAACCGACGAUUACAAAGUGUUUACCCGAGAAACUGGCGAGCGGCUCCUCCAACGGGGGAUAGCACAGGAGUAGCGAAGUUUCGUAUAUGUCCCCACAGAUCAUGCGUUGCCAAAUAACUGAUAAACCGAAACUCUUGUAUACAAUUCCUAACAUUUCCUAAGUAAACAUGACCGUUGACGGCAGUACGAUUGCCGAAGGACGAAAGGGAAGAAAAGUGCGAAAUCUCCACGGUCGUUCCGCGUCGACCGCAUAAAUUCUAUAUCCAUCUACGUAUAUAGAUUCUAUAUCUGAUUAUAUAAAUUAUAAAUUCCUGCAGCAUUUGUGUAUCCUUGGAUUAACGAAGUGAUUAAAUAUCACGCACGAUGUUUAACCGGAGAUAUUUUAUCUUUUAUUAUUAUAUUACGAUAAGGAGAAAUCUCACGAAUAUGUAUAGCGCGUUCAAGUUUUAAACAUUCCCUGUUGUGUACUUAAUAUAUUUUAUGGACCAGUGAAAUAUUUCUCUAAUUCUAAUUCUCGAAUAAUUGUUAAAUCGCUAUGUACAUAGGAACUUAUAUAUAGGUUGUAUAUAUACACACGUCAUAUCAAUGCGUGAAAAGUGCCUAUGCGAUUGUAAAUAUAUACAUAUAU